AUGGCAGAGCCGAUUAGAGGGAGCUUCUUCCCUGUCGGCUGUCAAGUACGAGCGAGCGAGACCGGCCGUGAUAUUGCAACGGCGGACGGGUGGGAGGACGGAUGGGAGGACGGAUGUGGGAGUGGUGGCCGGGCUUUAUCGUGGCUGGACCCGUUGGAGAAGGCUGGAUCCCUGCCCAGGACCCUGCCCAGGAUCCCUGCCCAGCACUCCCAGUUCCGUAGCAGCCGCUCCGGCGGCCACAGGAAAAGGGACCCACUCCAUCACGGCCAGCACCCAACCACAGGCCCGCAGUCCCCCAGGCUCGACCCCACUGCUGCAGGCGGCCCUGGCGCCGAGAGGCUCGGUCGGUCUCCAGCACGGCUCCUGGAGCGAGCUCAACCCACCCCUGAGCAUGACGCGGUACUCGGAGCUACCUGCCCUUUCCUGGCCACCGUUGACGGACAAGUCCUGUCUGGUCUGCCCACUGCGUUUGUGCCUCUCGAGCCGCUCACGGGCACCUGCCCACUGCAGCCCAAGAGUCUCACUGAGUCUCCAUGGAGCCCGGAUCCCAUCCGCCACCCUAGCAACCUCGUCCUGCCUCACCAACACCGUCGUCUCGGUGGGCCCCAUUCCUAUAUCGUCCCUCCGCCCCCUUCCGAGCGUCUCACCCCCCGGCAGAGCUUCGCCGCAGCCGACGACGACACUAUCAAGAACAGCACGCCAACAUCAUCAAUCAGCCCACCUAAACCAAAACCACGCUCACGACACACCACGGCCGACGCCAUCCUGUCAGACCGGCUCCUCAGCAUCUUUUCCCGCCCGCCAACAAUCUUGUCCCGGCGCCCUACUCUCUGCCCCCGUCUCUCCUCGGUAACAGCAACCCCUCGAGCAGCGCGCCGGCGAGAGAACGCACUCUGCCGCAGUCGAAUGAGGGGCAGAGCCGGCAUGGGAAUGCCUCUCUUCCACACCAUACAAACGCCCACAGCCAUCUGA